UUCUUUAAUCUCCUCAUGCCUCUUUGAUGCUCCUCUCUUCUCUUCACCCAUGUACAUUCACUCCAUAUAUAAAGGUAUAACAGACCAAACCCCAAAUAUAAGCCUAAAAAACAAACCCCAACAAAUACUCCUCGCCUUUUCUUUUUCCCUCAAACAAUUCAAAUACUGAAGCAAGCAAGCAAGCAGAAAGAGAAAAUUUGAAUUGAAAAAAAAGGUAGAGAGAUAUGGGUCGUAUUCCAUGCUGCGAGAAGGAUAACGUUAAAAGAGGACAGUGGACACCUGAGGAAGAUAACAAGCUCUCUUCCUACAUUGCUCAACAUGGCACCAGGAAUUGGCGCCUCAUUCCUAAGAAUGCUGGCCUCCAGAGGUGUGGCAAGAGCUGCAGGCUAAGGUGGACUAAUUACCUUCGUCCUGAUCUCAAGCAUGGUCAAUUCUCAGAUGCAGAAGAGCAAACCAUUGUGAAGCUUCACUCUGUUUUUGGCAACCGAUGGUCUCUGAUAGCAGCUCAGCUGCCAGGCCGCACUGAUAAUGACGUCAAGAACCACUGGAACACCAAGCUGAAGAAGAAACUUUCAGGGAUGGGGAUCGACCCUGUGACCCACAAGCCAUUCUCCCACCUGAUGGCUGAAAUUGCAACAACAUUGGCACCCCCACAGGCAGCUCACCUUGCUGAAGCAGCACUGGGCUGCUUCAAAGAUGAGGUGCUUCAUCUUCUUACUAAGAAGAAGAUUAACUACCAGGCUCAACACCCCACUGCAGAAAUGGGGAAUAACAUGGCCUCUUUAAUUAACUAUAAACCUGAUGAGAAGGAUGACACUACUGAGAAGAUUAAGUUUGGGUUAUCCAAGGCUAUGCAAGAACCUGAAAUGAUAACCUCAAAUAAACCUUGGGACUGCACUGCAGCCACAUCUGCUAAUUUUGAGGGGACUUGCAGUGUCUUCCCUACAGUGCCUGGGUUUCAAUUUAGUCCGGUGUCGUUUGCCAACGAAGGGGAUGGAUCGCCAUGGAGCCAAAGUGUGCGUACCGGAAGUACAUGCACAGCCAUGGAUCAACAAGGCCAGUUACAUGAAAAACUUCAGGAAGAAAAUGGAGAUGAUUCUAACACUGCAAAAGAAAUUAGAAAUAGAUCCAAUUUAUUCAACGCGCAGUGUGUUCUGUGGGAUUUACCGUCAGAAGAUCUAAUUGAUCCCAUGGUAUAAGAAAGAUCACA